AUGGCAGCUGAGAGUAUUGCUGAGCUCCGCGACUGGCUCUUUCUGCUCCUGCUGUGCCUCACCUUAUUGGCUGAGGUGCUGGAACUGGCGGCAGCGGCAAUUGCCAUGGAGACGGGCGAGGGAGAUGAGGGCAUUGUUUGUCCCUCGGUGUGCCGCUGUGAUGAGGGUUUUGUCUACUGCAACGACCGUGGCCUCAGUAUAAUUCCUCCGCUACCAUUAAUGGCUGCCAUCCUCUACUUGCAGAGCAACCGGCUGAGUAACGCUGGCCUGCCUCCCUCACUGGAACGCAGCACUUCCAUACGAGUGAUUUACCUGUAUGCCAACCAGUUGGAUGAAUUUCCUAUACACCUCCCGCCUUCGUUACGGGAGCUCCAUUUGCAGGAUAAUAAUAUACGAACGUUACCGAGAUCAGCUCUGGCCAAGUUACCAUUACUAGAACGUUUGCACCUGGAUGAUAACUCUAUAUCCACAGUUAGCAUCCAGGAGCGAGCUUUUUCUGGAACUCCACGGCUUCGACUACUGUUUCUGUCUCGGAACCACCUAUCAAGCAUCCCUGCAGGCUUGCCGGCAUCCUUGGAAGAGUUACGACUGGACGACAAUCGAAUCAGCACCAUCCCCACACAUGCCUUCCGAGGGCUCUCCUCCCUGCGACGCUUGGUCCUGGAUGGGAACCUGCUGGCCAACACACGCAUAGCAGAUGACACCUUCACCCGUCUCUCCAACCUGACUGAGCUGUCACUGGUCAGGAAUGCGCUGCAGUCUCCGCCAGUCUACCUACCGUCGGCCCACCUUGUGCGACUCCAUUUGCAAGACAACGGAAUGACUCACGUACCACGUGGGGCGCUGGAAGGGAUGCGGCGGCUACAGAGGCUGGACCUGUCGGGAAACAAUCUGACCACUCUACCACGAGGACUUCUGAAGGACACAGAAGGCCUGGAGCUGCUACUGCUGCGAGGAAACCCCUGGUACUGUGGCUGCAACCUUCGCUGGCUCCACGCAUGGCUGCACAGCCGAGGGGCAGCGGUGACAGUCAGGGGUCUGACCUGUCAGGGGCCCGAUCCUGUAAGGGGACAGGCCCUCAGAGAACUAACCUCCCUGAUGGAGCAGUGUGAAGGCCCUGCUGCUGGUCCCAGUACUGGAAUGGGGAUAAACCCAGCAGAAAAAGAUGGAGGAGGAGGCGAAGACGGUGUUGGUGGGGGCCAAGCAGUGGCUUCAGUCCCCCAUGGCAGCACCACCACCACCUCCCUGCUGGUCCCCACACAAGGUUCCCUUUUCACACUGCGAGCCAAGCGGCCGGGCCUUGUUAUGCCUCUGCCUCCUGGUGAAGGGGGACAGGUAUCUGGAGAGGCCCUGGAGCUGACUGUGAAACCCCUCUCUUCGGACAGUGUACUGGUGACCUGGCUGUGCCCACAGCCGGCACCCUCCUUCCGCUUGUCGUGGCUGAGGUUGGGUAGCAGUGCAGCUCUUGGCUCCAUAACAGAGACUCUGGUACCUGGAGAGAGGAGGCAGUACCUCCUUACCCAGCUUACCCCACGCUCCCAUUACCUCAUCUGUCUGCUGCCACUACGACAGGAAUCCUCCUUUGGGGGAUCCAGCAUGGGUUCAUCUCGAGUCAGCAGCAUGGACACAGACAGUAAAGACUCUUCCCCGGCCUGCGCUCAGAUAGAAACUGGAGAGGCUCUGGUCAGCACAGGAGGUGAGGGUACAGAUAAAGAGGGACAGGACUCAGAACUCACAGCCCUGCCAUUGGCUGGGAUCAUAGGGGGUGCCACAGCAUUAGUAAGCCUGCUCUUAAUCUUUGGCAUCUUCUGCUGGUAUGGACAGAGAACAAGUUACGUCACCGGGGACUCAGGCUCAUACAGCAGGGGCCGGGGCGGAAAACAUUACGAUGACUAUGUAGAGUCAGGCACCAAGAAAGACACUUCCAUCUUAGAGAUCAGGGCCCCACCUGCAGGGUUUCAGAUGACAGCUAUGGCCCAUCAGCCCCUGCAGCCUAAGCUGGAGGAUGUCACCUACAUCCAUACCAUUUUCCCCUCUUCUUCCUCUUCCUCCCAAGCUAACGGGACCUACCGGAGCAGCCACGGAGCCGGCAGCCUCAAUGGCACCAUCCUCAGCCAAACCAGCCACCACCAUGCCACUUAUGGUACCAACCGUGGCUACAGAGAGGGUGGCAUCCCCGACAUAGAUUAUGCCUACACGUGA